AUGGGUUGCGGUGCUUCCUCUGCUGCUACUGGUACUACUGAUGAGGCUGUGAAGACCGUCCAUGCUGAAGAGCCCAAGGCUGCCGAGUGUGCAGCAGGUGAGUGCGUUGAGGAAAUGCAAGAGAGCAAGAUUGUUGUAGAUAAGCCUGCUGGAGAUAGUGGUGAAGAUAAGAAGCCAGAAGAGAGUCCGGCCGAAGAUGAGGAAGGCCCUAAGGACCCGGCUCCAUCUGAAGAGGAAGCUCCGGCUGAUACUAAGGCGGCGGCUGAGGAGGGCGCCAAGGAGGAAGCUCCUGCGGCCGAGGCGGAGAAGUCUUCUAUUGGGUUCAUACGGCGUGGGAAGUCCGUACCGGUUGGGAGCGGCAGACCGGUGUACUACAUGGCGGCCGCUGUCACUGCUACUACAGCAUUUGGUGUCGCUGUCGCCUGUGUUGAGUGGUACGACUCUGAUCGGUCAUCAUAUGGUAUCGUUGGUGCCCGCUAA